AUGACCGCCGAUGACGUGAGGAAAGUGUUGACACAACUGGCCGUCAAGUCCGAGAGUAAAGUGAUUGUGGUUUUGGGCAAUAAUCCCACAAUUCAUACCCGGAUCAUUCAAAAUGCACCCGAUAUGCUCAUUAAAAAUUUUGUUUGGAUUGGCGGCCAGUCAUGGCUGGAAAGUGUCAACAAAUCCCUGUCCACUGAGAGCGCAAACACCGGUAACACAACCACAGCCUCGAGACUACCCCUCAAUGUAAUGGCCGUCCAAACGGAGACAUACAGUGACCCCCACUUCGCCUCAUAUUUGUCGCAAAUAUCGCCAUUGGAUUCAAACGCCAUUCCCUCGCAAUGGUUGCACCAGUACUGGCAGUCCAGGUUUGGCUGUCAUUUACCCCAUUCCCCGGUCACUGACACCCGAUUCGAGCGCAUGUGUACGGGAGAGGAAAGCCUACCGGCCGGGGAUCUCAUGAAAUCGCCUCACAUUCAGCGCACAAUAGCUUUAGUCAACGGUAUAUCCCAUGGGAUUAAGAGGUUUCUGGGGGACAAGUGUCCGAAAAAUAGUCACGAAAUGGAGUCCAUAGACGACUGUCCGGAUAACCCACGGAAAGGGCUCCGGGAGUACAUCCUUACGGAACUUAAUGGCGAAAAGUAUAACGAAAAACAAAAUGAGAUACAAAUGAAUGGCUUUUUGAACACAUUUCUCGUGUGGCAACGGAUUAACGGCUCAAAAGUACCGGUGCUUAAGAGUCUGGACAACAACUCCCGUUCCCCUCUCAAGUCAGGGGACAGUUAUCCACUGAUUAAAGCUAAUUGUGUCCGAAAUUGCGACAAAUGUGUCAAACAGUUUGAGGCCAAUAGUGAAUGGCUUAUGGCGGCUGAAAACCAAUACCGGCCCCCAAUGGUUGUCCACUUAAGGCGGACAUGGAGUCUGUUGGCAGCCGUGGUGUCAGCCCUGGGUGUGGUAUCGGUGCUCAUUUGUGUCAUAUAUUUUUUGCUGGUAUUCCCGGUAGCCGUGGGUACGACUGUAUUGGGCUAUCAGAUACUGUUCGGCCUAUUCAUGGCUUAUACGACAAACUUUGUGUUUCUCAUACCUGUGUCCACAUCCGUGUGCGCUCUCCGGCGGUUAGGUCUGUCCCUCUCGUACGCCAUAAUAAUUAGCGGCCUAUUAGUGAAAGUGUUAAACACGUGGCGACUAAUGGUCAUCAAAAACCAAUCACAACCCCUACGGCUGUCCUCCCCUACGGCACUGGUGUUCAUAUCGGGGGGACUGGUAUUCCUGCAGCUCAUACUCACCACAAUAUGGCUGUUCAGUUACGCCCCACACCCGGGCCUAUACGACGGCCUCUGGAAGUGUUCGCCAAACAAGUCUUACGCCCCACACCCGGGCCUAUACGACGGCCUCUGGAAGUGUUCGCCAAACAAGUCGUUUGUUUUGUGGGACUCAGAGAUAAUUGUCUCACUUUUAUAUGUCAUUCAAUUACUACUCAUUACCCUAUUCUUCGCCGCCCUUACCUUCAAGUGCUACGACCAGAACCGGGAGCCCAGGUUUAUCAUGGCCUGUGCCCUGUGCACCAUUGCUGUCUGGGUCACCUGGCUCAUUGUCGAGUCGGGCAAUGCCGACCCCUCCCUGUCCAUAGUCUGUGCCAAUUCAGUGAACGCCUCACUCGUCAUGUCUUUACUAUAUUUCCGGAAAUUAUAUUUAUUUUCCAAAAUCUCGCGUAAAAUCCGAAGAGAGAGACAAAUGAAGACUCGGUUACCGCACGAGCCGUUCGCCGACCGACAGCACCAGAUAUACGGAGCCCUAAAGUCGGGAUCCAUAAGCGGUCGCAUGGACUGGAUGUGUGGGUCCGGCGAUUUGGACGGCACGGGAGGGGACGGGACCCUAAGGACGGCCACUCGAGCGCCGUUUGAACGCGACUACAACGACGACAACAUAUCCUCGUGCGGGUCCGUCAAGUCCAGUGCCUCGGCUCAGGUCCAGUGCACAGACCUCUACCCCAUGGAGGUCUACGACGGGGGCUCACAGUUCGCACCCCUUUCCUCACUCUUCUCUCACACCAACAUCUAUGGCAUCAUCGAUGACACCCCGACCCAUACCACCCGUCACUGA